AUGGCGAGCUCGUCUCCGGCGGCCAUGGGGGAGCUCGACCCCGGCGGCCUGGGGGAGCUCGACCCCGACGCGGCCACGGGGGAGCUCGGCCCGGCCAUGGGGGAGCUCGGCCCCGGCGGCCUGGGGAGCUCGACCCCGGCGGCCAUGGGGGAGCUCCCCGCCUCGCGGUUGGCGGCGGCGACGGCCAUGGCGAGCUCGGCCCCGACGGCCAUGGGGGAGCUCGACCCCAGCGGCCUGGGGGAGCUCGACCCCAGCGGCCUAGGGGAGCUCGACCCCGGCGCGGCCCCGGGGGAGCUCGGCCCAGCCAUGGGGGAGCUCGACCCCGGCCGCCAUGGGGGAGCUCAACCCCGGCCGGCAGCAGCUCCCUGCCUCGCGGUUGGCGGCGGCGACGGCCAUGGCGAGCUCGGCCCCGGCGGCCUGGGCGAGCUCGACCUUGGCACGGACAUGGGGGAGCUCGACCCCCGCGCCAUGGGGGAGCUCAACCCCGACGGCCUGGGGGAGCUCGCGUUCGGCGGCGGCGACGGUGUUGGCCGUGGGCGAGUGGCUCUGGUCGUCCGCACCCAGUGGUGGGCCCUGUGUGGAGACGCAGAAGGACCGAGCGAAGACGCAUAUUUGGGUUCUGCCUCAGCUCCGACGCAAAAUGGGUCAUGGGUAGCUCGAAAAGAAUACGAAGAUUGGCUCAACAACCGUCCUAAAACAACAAGCGGCCAUUCAGAUUCCAGCUCAUCAGAUGGCGCCGACAUCCAUGGCAACUACUACGCAUACGAUUCCGAUCGGGAACCUGCGGAAUGGAAGAUCAGGUGCUAA